GCGGCCGCAACUUGGCCUGAGGUUUGCUCCUCAUCGUAGUCAGUCCGCGUCGAGGAAGGAGGGGCUGAGAGCUGCCAGCGCGUUGCUGCCUCACGAUGCCUUCAAUUAAACUGCAGAGUUCUGAUGGAGAGAUAUUUGAGGUUGAUGUUGAAAUUGCAAAGCAGUCUGUAACAAUCAAGACUAUGUUGGAAGAUUUAGGAAUGGAUGAUGAAGGGGAUGAUGAUCCUGUUCCUCUUCCAAAUGUUAAUGCAGCUAUAUUAAAAAAGGUGAUCCAGUGGUGUACCCACCAUAAAGAUGACCCACCACCUCCUGAGGAUGAUGAGAACAAAGAGAAACGAACAGAUGACAUCCCUGUUUGGGACCAAGAAUUUCUUAAAGUAGAUCAAGGAACUCUCUUUGAACUUAUCCUGGCUGCCAACUACUUAGACAUCAAAGGUUUACUUGAUGUGACAUGCAAAACUGUUGCAAAUAUGAUUAAGGGGAAAACACCAGAAGAAAUCCGCAAGACUUUCAAUAUCAAGAAUGACUUCACUGAAGAGGAAGAAGCUCAGGUACGCAAAGAGAACCAGUGGUGUGAAGAGAAGUGAAGUCUUGUGCCUGACACCUAACACUGUAAGGAUUGUUCCAAAUACCAAGUUGCACUGCUCUGUUUAUAAUUGUUAAUAUUAGACAAAUGCAGCAGCAAAUGAAGUUAUGCUAGUAGAGUGGUGUUCUCUGCAUGUGUAAUGUUUGAAUAUAGAUUUAAAAUUCUAUGGUUGAGUUUUUAUCAGUGUAAUCUGAUGUCCUUACUUUUCCUCUGCUCUGAAUAAAACUGAACUAAGUGUGGACUUCUUACGGCAAUUAGCACUGCGAGCUAGCCUUUCCAUGCUCUUCAAUGUAUCACUGUAACAUUAAAAUAUGUAAGAUGUCAGAAAGUCAGAAACCUCUGGCAUUGUAAAUAAAACCACUUGCAAAAGUUUUCUGAAACAUAACUCACACAGCCUAUUUUCAUUCACAGAACAUUUAGUGGCUUCUUAGGCUACAGGGUGUGUGGGAACCCAGUUGGAAGAAUUGUUGGGAGAUUUCUGUUGGUGAGAACCUUUUCUGUUGGUGAGAACUGCCAGCAAACUCUGUUAAUUUUGCCUGCAAAAGGCCAGUUCUGGUGAAAUCAUGUAGGCAGGCAUGACACAGGCAGUGAGAGCUGGUCGGCUAAACACCUCUUGCGGCAGGUAAUGUGGAGACAGAGUUUCCUCAUGGAAAUAGUUAUGUGCUCAUUCUCCCAGAGUCAGCAGAUUAUAUCUACUAUGUGACCAAAGUUAAUGUUUCUUGGACAGUGCAGUUUCAUACCUGCUGCUGGUAAAGGUAUGGUGUUUUGCUAUAGCUCAUUGAGGGUUUUUGUGGAUCUGUGAAAGUUGAGUCACUGCAUUUGACUUUGUGUACAGCAGCAUGUGUCCUGAUUACAUGCAUGCUGUCAUGCUGAUCUAAUGGUUUCCUAAGGAAAAAUACCACUUGCAAGUAUCUGGGUGAUUCCCCCCCUCCCCCCAGUUCCUCUACAG